UUAGCAACCUUACGGAAGCAAUUGUAUCAAUGAAAAUAAUUGACAAAUUUAGAAAAUACAAUUUGAUUUUGGUUCAAAAAUCAUGGCUGGAACAGUUAUAUCUAACAGACUACCGCCGAAUAUUGAUAUAACAAAGGCACCCUUAGCGUAUGGACAACGGGCACUGCCGAAAUUGAAUCGAGAACUGAACGGAAAUGACAUUUUGACAAAGCACAGGGCGUUGAUGUCUCUAUGUGAUAUACUGCAUGAUCCAGAAAACAUUUCUCAAGCUCUGCGAGUUGGUGUUGUAUCAAGUUUAAAAGACCUGUUAGCAGACGUCGAUUCAACUGUUCGGCACAAAACAACCGAAGCGUUAUUCAUCAUAGCAGGUCAUGCAUCCGGAAGAGAUGCCUUUCUUGACCAACAAAUCAUACCACCUUUAUCAAAGUUGUUCGAUGAUACGGUAUAUGAAUCUAGAAGUAAUUCACACAAAGCAAUUGAGAUGCUCUCACACACAAGCAAUGGACAGAAUGGCAUUGUUGAGGCUGGUUUGGUCCCAGUCUUGGUGGAAAAGUUGUUGGAAGAAAAUGAUGAGAUAAAGUGUGUGGUAUUAGACACAUUGCAUGGCUGUAUGAGAGUGAAUACAGAGGAUGCACUAAAAAGUAAGGGAAUGGAGGUUUUUGUUGGACUGUUAUCACACGAGUUGCCUGCAAUUCGAAGUAAAGCUUCCAGAGACAUAAUGGAUUUGAGUUUCCCAUUGGAUGGAAAGAAUAAAGCAGUGGAAGUUGGAGCUGUAGUGUCUUUGGUUCCCCUACUUCGGGAUGGAGACACAGAUGUCAGGGCUAAUGCUGCUGGUGCUAUCAUGGUUAUCACAAUAACAACUCAAGGAAAAUAUGCCGCAAUUAAUGCAGGUGUGCUGUCAUGUCUAGUAAACCUUCUCACAGAUACGUCGAGUGAAGUUAGAUUAAAUGCAUUGAAGGCAAUCACAACCUUAGCAGAGGCUCCCAAAGGAAGAGAAACAUUAUUGGAAAAUGUUAAUAAGGUGCAAAAACUUAUACAUGAUGUUGAAAGUCCAGCUGUGAGAAAAGCAGCCCAAAUUGCAGUGAAAGUGAUAACAUGGAAACCAUAAACUUAACAGUUUAGGAGAAAUAAAACUUCCUUCUGUGUGUAUAUAGGCUUAAUAUAGCAAAAUGAUUGUAAAUAGUGAAUAAAUGUUACUUCAAUUCAUUUUUGAUGGGAUUCCAAUAUAAUAGUCAUGGAUUAUCACAUACCACAUAACUUUUGACU